AAAAAAAAAAUGGGUUCUUCCUCCAGAAUGUGACUUUUGGGGACCAGAGAGUCUUUUGUGAUGUUUUUCUUGAAGUUCGAAUAUUGAUUGUAUAUAAUACAAUAAAGUGUUUAUUAGAUGACGAAUUAGAAAGUGAGAAAUGUGAGCCAAAGUUUCCGUUCUAUUCAGCAGACAAAGCGUCGUCAUAUGAUAUUUUAAGUUUCACUUCUCAGUUUUGAUUUCGUAACGGGAAGCUGUGAUUUGUGCCAGGAGCUGAUCUUCAAAUGAGCAACAAAUAACAAAUAUCGUUAUUGUCACGCUCCUGAUGUAAAAAUGCUUCCAAACGUGUUAAUAUUGCUCGCGCUCAUCUUUUGCGCCUGUGGACAAAAUCCCGCAAUACGAGUCGUCGUGACCGACAAAGGACUUCAGUAUGGAAGCCACGAGGCCGCAGGGUGGAUUCAAGACAAGUUGGAAGUCGUCACGUUGCCCGACAUUAGCGGUGAAGUGCGCCUGGGCUUCCUGGCCCGCAUCGGCUACACGCUUACAGGCAUCACGAUAAGAAAGUGUGACUUUCCGGAACCGUCCGUGGAGUUCUACCCAGGCUUCUCCGGCUUGAAGACGUCCGUGGCGGGCCUCAACGUUGCGCUCGCAGGAGGCUGGGAGGCCCACUGUGGAUUCGUACACGGAGGUGGAUCUUUCGACAUGGCCUCGUUCGGCGUGGGCCUGGUCUCUAUCGUGAAGCUGGGUCGGGACUCCGGCGGACAUCUUUCUUUCACCAGCGUGAACUGCAACGCUCAAGUGGACCGCGUCGACGUACGUUUCUACGGCGACAGGAGCUGGCUUUUGCGGCUUUUCGAGGAACGCUUCAAGUGCCGCAUCAGACGUCAAAUAGAGGCCACGAUUUGUCCCGCUGUGGAGGAACUCAUUGCAAACCUGGAGAAUCGCCUAGAGGACAUGAAAGUGAGCUUUCAGGUGAAUGAAGACCUCACUCUGGACCUGCCUCUCAUUGGCCUGCCCGCCGUUGAUGCUUCAAGUCUUCACCUCGGGCUCAAGGGGGAAUUUUACAGUAUCACAAGUCCAGAGGAGCCCCCCUUUGAGGCCCAGCCUUUCGCCGUGCCUCAGCAGCCGGGUUACAUGCUGUCGGUGGGCUUGUCUGACUUCACCGUCAACUCAGCCUCCUUCAGUUACUUCGCCGCUGAUUUACUGCAGGCUUUCGUCAACGACAGCAUGAUACCUCCAGGGUCGCCUGUGCGCCUUAAUACAACCUCAAUGGCUCCCUUUAUUCCGCAGCUCCCCGAGAUGUUUCCAGACUUGCCGAUGGCGCUGCAGAUUUACGCCAGAGACGUUCCGGUGUUUUUCUUCCGCUCCGGUGCUGUCACGCUGAGCUCGCCGUGUGCGGCGAAGGCCUUCGCCAUCGGGCCCGACGCCACCCUCAUCCCGCUGUUUCAACUCCAUGUGAUGUUGGAAAUGAAGCAAAACAACAGCAUCUGGUGGGACACCAACCCAUCUUUCUUUCAGGACUCCAACUUCAGCGGCAAAGUGUGGGUCGCCGACGGACGGCUGGAAGGCUCCGUGUCCAUGGACAAUUUCACUCUGAGUCUGGCCGCAACUGAGAUUGGACCCUUUCAGACCGACGCUUUGGAAAACGUGGCGCAGAUCCUCAUGGAGACGGCGGUCUUGCCCCAACUGAACGGGAAACUUGCCACGGGCUUUCCUUUACCACGAAGUGUACACGCGCAGCUGGUCAACCCACGUGUGACAGUGGAAGAGGGAUUUGUAGCUUUCUGCUCAGAUGCCGAGCUGCUGAAGACACAAUUUUAAAUGGAGCACAAUCUUGCCUCAAUUUAUUCAAAAUGAUUCACGUAUUAUUUUUUUCAUGCCCAACCGCGGAUUGAAACGUUUUUCUUCCAUACGUCCGCACCGUGUGUAAUCAGACUGCCGAAAAUUGUGCAACAACUACAAUAAAAACCAUAUUCAACUACA